AUGGAACUUGGCCCAUUUAGAGUUAAAAAAGAUGGUAAAACCUUGCAUCGAAAUAAAUACGCGUGGAAUAAGGGUGAGUUGUUCCAAACUUCUUUUGCUUCCGAGUCAAAUGAUCACCGUUUCCUUGUAAAUUAUUCCGAUAUAAUCAUUGAAUGGGAAAGAUUUCCCGAGUACAAGACCAGAGAAUUUUUCAUCACAGAAGAGAGCUAUGCAGGGCACUAUGUACCCCAGCUUGCUCAUACUAUCCUUCAAAACAACAAGAGCACCAAUCAAACUAUAAUCAAUCUAAAAGGAAUUGUAGGAUUUGUGGAUAAAGCAAACGAUGCUGCUGGCAACAUACAUGCCUAUGACAUCUAUGCUCCCAUGUGCAAUUCCUCCUCAACUUCCUAUUCUGUUUCUGCUCUUGAUCGCGGCUCAGAAAAUUAUAUCCAUUCCUACUUGAACAAUCCAGAAGUUCAAAAAGCACUUCAUUCAAAUGUUACUGCUCUUCCUUACCCAUGUGGUGACACGGAUGGUGCCUUGCCUGUAACAUGUAGUAGAUAUGUCAUAAACAAAUUGGGGACACCGAUCAAGACUGCCUGGUACCCUUGGUACACCCGAGGGGAGGUUGGAGGGUAUACAGUUGGAUAUGAAAACCUGACAUUUGUAACUGUAAGAGGAGCUGGACAUUUUGUUCCCAGUUACCAGCCAGCUCGGGCCUUGACGGAAAGGUACCUGUUUAACUUUGUAACAAAGGAAAAGAUAAUUUUGAACCAAAAUCUUGAGUCAAAUUCAAGCAUCUCCAUUGCCAUAAAGAUGACAACUGGAUCCUAUGUGAAAGUUACCAAAGUCAAGAAAAAGGAGCGUGGGAAGCAGUCAUAUUCAUAUAGCAUUAGAACGCACUCAUUCUUUUGGGAAAUGAUGGGAUAG